AUGCAGGGAGGCCAUGUAUGGUGCGUAAAGGUAUUGCAAGAAAUUAACAAGGCGAAGGCACGGGCGAACACUAUGCACACAGUGUGUCACGAUCGAGACAACUUAUGGUUUCGUGUGACAGAGUUUGACAAACCGCACCAAGGUAUUACUGGCGGGCAAUAUCGUGUACACUUAAGAAAUAGGACUUGCGAUUGUGGGAGGUUUGACGCACUUCAUUAUCCAUGCGCUCAUGUAAUUGCAGCUUGUCAAAAUCUUCGUCUGGAUCCCAUGAGCUAUGUCGACGACAUGUACAAAUUGGAAUACAUGUACAACGUGUGGAGACACAUAUUCCCACCGGUCCCAGAUGAGCAUAAAUGGCCCUCUGUAUCGCUUGCUCCGUUUAAGCUGUUACAUGAUAGAGAGUUGCGGCGUAAACCAAAGGGUCGACCUUGCUCGACUAGAAUACGCAACAAUAUGGAUAUCCGAGAAACAACCAAUCAACAGAAGUUAUGUGGAUGGUGUAGGAACCCAGGCCAUACAAGUAGAUCAUGUCCAAAUCGUAAUAGUUGA